CGCUGGGAAGCCGCAGCGGCUCGGGAGAGGCCGCCGACGGCCGUGCGCUCGGAAGGUCUGCGCGUCGCUCGCUCGGCUCGGGCCCCGCGCGCUCGCACCUUCCCUCCUGCUCCCGGUGGGCGGCAGCCUCUCAACUUUGGCGACUUUGGAGGCGGCGGCGGUGGCGCGGUGUCUCCGAGCUCUCGCUCGGCUGCAGGUACCACCCGGGGCUCGGCCGUGCCGGGAGCGGGGGUGGGGUGGGCGGCGGGUGAACCCGGCCCGCCGGUGGCGCUCGCAGGCUGCAGGGCCCGGGCUCCCGCGCCCGCCGCCCGCCUUUUAUCCCGCGCGCCCGGGGUCGGGAGCGGGCGGGAGGCGGGUCCCCGCGUCCUCGCUCCUCGGGCGCCGCGGCGGGCGGAGCGGGAGGGAGGCGCAGCCAAUCGCCGAGGCGGCCCCGUGCGGGCUCCGCGCCGCCUCUCGGCCGGGUGGGACCGCAGCGCGGCCUGCGACUCUGCACCCCCAGGCCCCGCGCCCCUCGCCCCGCACCCGCGGGGGAGCCGCCCAGCCCGGUAAUGAGAGGCCCUCAGAUCCCAGAGGACACCGCAGGAGGAGAAGUCAGGACAGUGUUGAAGGCUCUGUCGCCAGCAAACACGGCCAGGAUGACCAGGCAAUGAGAGCCAAGUGGAGCGCCUCACCACCUUCUCUCCUCCGGCCUUCCUUCCUCUGCCCGUCUCUGCGCCCAGCGAUGGAGGGACUGGAGCAUAGGAUCUUCCUUGUGCAGACAUAGGCCACCGGAAAUGGCAUCACCUCCCCAGACAAUGCCUUGUGAAAGUUCCAGCACCCAGCGUUGAACUUCUUUCCCUGGAAGACAGUCUGGGCCGGUCUGAUCUUCAGCCAGGAAAGGACUGUCUAGGCAAGAGAUCUGGAAUCCACAGAGAGACAUAUACAAAACAUCACCAGGGGUUUCAAUGAUUCCCAGACCCAGCUUGUGCAAAAGAGGGAGCUAAGAGGCGUGACGCAGGGCAUCAUGGUUCGCCUGUUGGCCUCCGAAGUCCAGCAGCUUCUACACAACAAGUAUGUGGUCGUCCUUGGGGACUCUGUGCAUAGGGCGGUGUACAAGGACCUGGUGCUCCUGCUGCAGAAGGAUUGCCUGCUCAGUUACAAGCAGCUCAGGAUGAAGGGGGAGCUGACCUUUGAAAAGGACCAGCUGAUGAAGGGAGGCGAGCUGGAAACUCUGCACAACCGCACUGACUACCGCGAGGUGCGUGAGUUCUGCUCCGACCACCAUCUGGUGCGCUUCUACUUCCUCACGCGCGUCUAUUCAGAGUACAUGGAGAGCGUCCUAGAGGAGCUGCAAUCUGGCACGCAUGCCCCGGAUGUGAUCAUUAUGAACUCUUGCCUCUGGGACGUCUCCAGGUAUGGGCGGAAUUCCUUGAGUAGCUAUAGGCAGAAUCUGGAGAACCUGUUUGGGCGCAUGGACCAGGUACUGCCCAAGUCGUGCCUGCUAGUGUGGAACACUGCCAUGCCUUUGGGUGACAAGAUCAAGGCGGCCUUCCUCCCUCAGAAGUGUAAGGGCCAGGCCCGGAUCUCGGUAGCCACCCUGAAAAAAAGAGUGAGGCAAGCCAACUUGUACAGCCAUGCAGAAGCAACCAAGCGCUGCUUCGAUGUGCUGGACUUAAAUUUCCACUUCCGUCAAGCCAAGAAGCACCUGCAGGGAGAUGGCGUGCACUGGAAUGAACAUGCACACCGCAGACUCACCUACAUGCUGCUGGCCCACAUGGCCGAUGCCUGGGGUGUGGAGUUGCCCCACCGAGACCCGUGGGAGAUUGCUCCUGUGGACUGGGAAAGCGCAGGCCGGGUAGAGGAAUGGCAGCCGCAGGCCAAUAGAGGUCCUCAGGCCUUCGCCCCGCCUCCACCUGGGCCUUUUCCUAGGCCACGUCCCCUAUUCCCCCCCCCUGGCUUGCCCUUAAGGCCCCCCCCACCCCUACUAGCAUGUCCGCUGCCCCCACCUCAGGCGACACCCCCGUUACCACCAUAUCCCCAAGAUUCCUAUUUCUCCUCAGACCAUGUUUUCCAGACAGAUGAAUUCUAUAUUCAUUCAGAGGACCCCUCACCCACCCACCCAGGAUAUACCUUUGAGGGUGACUUUAGUUUUCAUCCCCAGCCACCCGUGCCCAACUUCGGCCCACCCUGUUACCAGCGCCCGGCCCCUAGAGUGCAUAGGGGUUUCCAAAGGCAUUUAGCUCAGGGCCCCUAUAUGCCCUGGAGAGGCCGGCCCAGGCGACCCCAGAGACAUGGCCCAGCCUGUGUAGAGUCAAGGCCUCAGUAGUCCGACUUGAACCCCAUUACCUCUGGAUGGGGCCGCGUGAUAACUGCCUUUCCCUUUUCGUUGUCACAGUCUACACACACUGACCUUGCUAACUUAGGCCCAGCUAGUCCGUCUUUUUGUUCGCUGCUCUUAGAAACAGAUCAAGGAAGCGCACACUGGCCCGCUCCUGUUGCCUGUGGAGGUCUCGUUCCCCCGAGCGACCAAGCAAGCGUUCUUACUACCUCCCCUCGCUGUUCUUGUUGCCUUUUUGUAAAAAUAAAAUUGAAAUUCAGAAAUUGUU